AUGUCGGAGUGUCAGCUCAGGUCCAGUUCAUUCGAAAGAAUAUUUGUUAUAGAAAGAGUUGAAGAGACAACUAGAGACAAGGUGGAUGGAUUUAUUGACAACAAUGAUGAACUUGCCACUGAGGAGCUUGAGCCCAAAUAUAAGAGAGAAUUCCGGAGAAAAACUAUCCAUAUGGUGACCAGGAGUCAAAAUGGGUCUUUACCAUCUCCGAAAAUACAUCUGAACCCCUUACGUCCUAUGUAUACUGGAGGCGAGCAAGUCACUGUGAGAUGUGAACCUCCAAACUCCAAGGAAGUGCAGAAGAUCCAGUUUUACAAGGAUGGAAUUGUCAUUGAUAGAGACAAAGACCUUCACAGAGACGAUUCAUAUACAGUAUCAAUGUAUGGCCACGAGGCUGCAGGGGAUUUUUCCUGUGCUUACUGGGUAAAAAUACAAGAAAGAGAUUUGAAAUCAAAUAUUAGUGAAAAGGUUACAAUCAAAACAGAAGGUUUCACUACUCCUCUCUCUACUACACUGACAUCAACAGUGACAGAAGCUAAGACCUCUAAAGAUCCAAUUUCUACUACAACUCGCUUAACUACUGAACAUCUACAUGCUGACAACAUAUCUACACUAGCAGUGCAAGAGCUAAUAUAUACCAUUGGCGGAGCAGGUUUAUUUAUACUGGUGGUUACUAUAUCCCUUGUGUUGCUCAGAACCUGCAGAAAAGGGAAGAGUAAAUAUCAUGAACCAGCACCUUUUCCAGUUCAAGCAAAUAACUCUGCAUCAAAUCUAAGACUGCAUCAGAUAAACGCAAGUGUACCAGACUCUGAAAAUGAAAGCACAUGGCCUCAGAAUGCUGUUUCCUUGCAGGACAAUGAAGAUGCAGCACAAAUACAUACGUAUUGUGAAAUUGAUCCGUUUCUUCCCACAUUACCAGCAAUGCGCUCAACUUCUCCAUCUGUACAGCUGCCACAAUCUAGUGCUUUGGCCUAUUCCACUGUGCAGGCAGUCCCCCUGCUUCCUACUGUUUAUCAAAGAAACCUGCAACCAAAUCAUUAAAUGUAUGUGAGAGUCAGAGAGAAUGAAAUAGUUCCAAAUUUGA